AUGAAAACCCUCAAGAUUAUCAAUGUGAAGACAUGUGAGUAUCUGGACAAGAUCCCCAAACAAUCCUGGAGCAAAGCGCACUACAAAGACACCCAAAAAAACAACAAUGUAUGCAACAACAUGUGUGAAGUUUUCAACUCAGCCACCAAGCCAUAUAGAUCAAAGCUAAUACUUACACUAUUAGAGAAAGUUAGGAGGAUUGCCAUGACAAGCAUGGCCAAAAAUAAACUUAACCUGGCAAGUCAUAUUGGACAUUUACUUUCUAUACAACAAAGUAGGCUUGCAAAGGAGAGAUAUUUCAGUAGAUACCAAACACCUAUAUGGUUUGGUGAUGCUGCAGAAGUCAUAUUUGAAGUUUAUGGUGAGCCGCACAACGUGCUAGUUGAUUUGGGAAAUCACACAUGCAGUUGUUGGUCAUGGCAGCUAUCAGGAUUACCUUGUCGUCAGGCCAUCGCGGCUAUUGUAUGUUUGAAUGAGAACUAUGUUCAUGCAUGGUUGACAAUGGGAUCUUACAAUAAGACAUAUGAGUUUCAUAUUAACCCGAUAAAAGGAGAAGAGAUGUGGGACAAGUCUGAGUACUCUCACUGCUUACCCUCGACAAGACCAAAAUCACAUGGGAGACUAAAGCUCUAUGCAAGAAAGAAGGAUGCACAUGAGGUCCCUGUUGGAGGCAGUCAAGACAGAAAGUCCACAAAAUUAAAGAGACAAUAUGACAAGUUCACUUGUGGAACUUGUGGUGAUGUUGGUCACACUACAAGGGGGUGUGAAGUUGCAAAAAAGCUAAAGGUAGAGGAGGCAGCAACAGCUGCAGAAUAA